UGUGAUGGAGAAGAGCAAGGAAAGAAGAGUCCAGUCCGGGAGUAUGGAGAGUGGAGACUCUUUCUAACAUCUGCUGAUCGUCUUCCUCAAUCGUGAACCCAACAAACAAACCCCCACCCCUUUAACAGAGACUAUCUACCUCUCUUCUCUCUCUCUCUCUCUCUCUAUAUAUAUAUAUAUAUGUAUGUAUAUAUGUUCCUACACAUAUCUACGUAUUUCUCGGACGCACAUACUCAUAUACCUACAAACACCUUUGACUAUGUCUCCUCCGGUUACUCUUUUUUUCUGAUUUCUUUCAUAGUUCGAAUUGAUGUCAACAAUAACUGGAUGCGGAAAAAGGCUGCUAAGCAAUUGAGGCGAGCGUAGAGACAAGGGGAACGCUAGGUGUUUCAUGGGCAAUACAUGCCGUGGAUCAUUUGGAGGCAAAACUUUUCAGGGCUACAACGAGCCCGAAGACCUGUCCAACUCCAAACGCAAAACUUCAUCCGGCUGCUCCAAUUCUUCUGAUAGUUACUCUCCCACCAGCUUCACCUCCCAACACCUUGUUGCUCAGGAGUUCUCCAAAGACACCCAGUCAAACCACAAAAAGAACACAAAUUUGUCACCCCUCAUCAGUCCCAUAAAAGAUAGCAUGAACCGCGGAACCACCAACCAACCUUACAUUGUGUUGGGUCACAAGACUGCCAAUAUCCGAGAUAUUUACACACUUGGCCGUAAAUUAGGGCAGGGCCAGUUUGGUACUACUUAUUUGUGCACUGAGAUCUCCACGGGCAUUGAGUAUGCUUGUAAAUCUAUAUCAAAGAGGAAGUUGAUUUCUAAAGAGGAUGUCGAGGACGUUAGGAGGGAGAUUCAGAUAAUGCACCAUCUGGCUGGUCACAAGAAUAUAGUUACCAUUAAAGGGGCGUAUGAGGACUCUCUGUAUGUUCACAUUGUGAUGGAGCUCUGUUCCGGAGGUGAAUUGUUUGAUCGUAUUAUACAUAGGGGCCACUACAGUGAGCGAAAGGCAGCUGAGCUUACUAGGAUCAUUGUAGGAGUUGUUGAGGCAUGCCAUUCGCUUGGAGUUAUGCAUAGAGAUCUUAAACCAGAGAAUUUCUUGUUGGUCAACAAGGACAAUGAUUUCUCUCUUAAAGCUAUUGACUUUGGACUGUCUGUUUUCUUCAAGCCAGGUCAGAUUUUUACAGAUGUUGUUGGAAGCCCGUAUUAUGUCGCACCUGAGGUUCUUUUGAAGCAUUAUGGCCCAGAAGCAGAUGUGUGGACAGCAGGGGUCAUACUCUAUAUAUUGCUGAGUGGCGUGCCUCCCUUUUGGGCUGAAACCCAGCAGGGAAUAUUUGAUGCUGUUUUGAAAGGACACAUUGAUUUUGAUUCUGACCCAUGGCCAUUGAUAUCAGAAAGCGGGAAGGAUCUUAUCCGGAAGAUGUUGUGCAUGAGACCUUCAGAGCGUUUGACUGCUCAUGAAGUAUUAUGUCAUCCUUGGAUAUGUGAAAAUGGGGUAGCCCCUGACAGAGCCCUGGAUCCAGCUGUUCUUUCUCGUCUUAAACAAUUUUCUGCAAUGAACAAGUUGAAGAAGAUGGCAUUAAGGGUAAUAGCUGAAAGCUUGUCAGAAGAGGAGAUUGCUGGUUUAAGAGAGAUGUUUAAGGCCAUGGACACUGAUAAUAGCGGAGCAAUCACAUUUGAUGAACUCAAAGCUGGUUUAAGAAAAUAUGGAUCCACCUUAAAGGAUACAGAAAUACGUGAUCUUAUGGAUGCGGCUGAUGUAGACAAUAGUGGAACCAUUGACUAUGGUGAGUUUAUAGCAGCAACAAUUCACUUGAAUAAACUAGAACGUGAGGAACAUCUUUGGGCAGCAUUCCAGUAUUUUGACAAGGAUGGAAGUGGCUAUAUUACAGUCGAUGAACUUCAACAGGCUUGUGUAGAACAUGGCAUGACAGAUGUUUUGCUUGAAGAUAUUAUCAAGGAAGUUGAUCAAGAUAAUGAUGGUAGGAUUGACUACGGGGAAUUUGUUGCUAUGAUGACAAAAGGGAAUGCUGGCAUUGGAAGGCGAACAAUGCGAAACAGCUUGAAUAUGAGCAUGAAAGAUGGUCCAGGAGCUCUUUGAUUUUCAAUUCAACAUGUGACUGGAAGGAUGGUUGAGGAGAUUCGGCAAAUAGUAUGUUGGGUCAAAUGUUCAGAUGCUUUCUAAAGUUGACAUUUGCUUCCUCACUAACCUGGCGAUUCAGAACAGAGAACAGUAUUAAGUUACUGGAGUUGUGUUGCUGUAACCAAAGAGGUCGUUGUAAAUAUUUUGAAUGUACUAACGGAAAUAAGAAUAUUGUAAUUCUUUGAACUUGGAGGGUGAAUAGUUGCAGCCGUGACGCUAGUACACUAUCGUGCUAUGUUUAUUUGUUAUACUUCUUCCAGCCCUCAUGCUUAUUAUUCAAGGAAAAAAUAUUUAGAUA